AUGAAUAUUGGCAUUUUCUCAAACCUGUGGAAACUGGACCUCAGCAAUAAUAAGAUGAGAAGUCUUAGUGGAUUGGUGAAUUUCAUUGUCCUUGGAGCCCUCAAUCUGUCUUACAACCAAUUAAGCUGGCCAGAACUACUUAAGCUUCGACACAUACAUAUUCUUGAUCUCACACUCCAUGGCAACCCACAGUUAGUGAAGGAUACAUACUAUCAAAUUCAUGUGAUAGACUGUCUGCCAAACUGCUGGAUGCUGGAUGGGAAACUGAUUACUUCUGGGGACCAUUUUCGAGUGGGACAGUUUUUCAAGAAGUCAGAGAAUCAAAGACAGCCUGUGAGACACAAGUUACCAAAAACCAGCUUCUUCCCUUCUUAUUUAAAGAAAAUUCAAGUCUUUGGCACAUUUGGACCAAGGGCUGCUCAUGUAUUGACAACAUUCCCUUUGAAUAUACCCGCUAAUAUAGAUGUAGAUAAGAAACAUUUGGAAUACCUAGCUUUCAACAUGCAGGAAAUUAUUGCUGUAGAGAAGCCUAACUGUGACAUCAUCAAGAACCACAACAAUUUUCUUGAGCAGUUAUUUGAACAGAGAGUCAAAAACAGAGAGCAGAGCAAUGUUCUCUUUUUACUUCUAUUGGCGUCACUUGAGUUCAGCAUCCCAAGUCAAACAAUUGUGGAAAUGUUGUCUGUGACCAAUUUACAGAAAUGUGGGGAUAUUUUCACUAUUGAUCUGUUCCUAAUGCCACGUGAACUUCGUGGCAUUACAGUGGGGCUACUCUUCAAUGCAAUCAAACUUGACAGAGAAGAAAAUGUGGAUGCAGGUUUGGAUACUAUCAUUCUUUCUUUCUUUCUUUCUUUCUUUCUUUCUUUCUUCUGUCAUAUGUCUUUCUUUCUAUUUGUUAAACAAAAGCCUUUCUUUUAUUCUAGUUACAAGGACUACAGAUUCCUUCUGGCAGCUGAAGUAAGCCAGGUUCUAAUGAUUGUACCAUCAUUUUACUACUAUUUGCAGUUACAAGAACCAGGUCUGUUCUGUGUAUUAAUUGAAGCAACAAACCUAAAAGAGAUACAUGAAAUUAUCAACAAAAUGCUGGAAGAUGAAAUCAGACAUCAGCCCAAAAGCUGUAAUGAAAUUUCUGAAGGAGAUCAGAAAGAGAAUCCUGGAUAUGGGACUGUUGUUGGCUCCUGGCAACGAGAGCUAAGUGAAAUGCUCUCUGUCAUGAUCCAGAAACACUUAAAAGAAGUGACAUCAAAGGAUCCCAAGCUUACAAGCUGUGAAGAGAUUCUUUAUCUGAAUCCUUUUAAGAAGAAUGUCUCCAAGACGCGUUAUGUGAUUCAACAGACUUUGAAAAUUCCAGACAGAAAUGUCUCUGCUCAAUCUACUACGAAAAAACACAUACCUCGAAUUGGUGAAAAUGUUAUACUUGGAAAACAGGUUUUUGGCAAAAUCAUUGCACUUCCUUCAAAAUACACAGCCAAAGUCUACAUUGAUGGAGUUUUAGAACCAAAUGGCUCUAUAAUUAAGAGGGUCAAAGAAAGCUGGAAGCAUUACAAGAUCAUCAACCUGAACAAUAUGGACUGGGAUGGUUAUGGACGGUGCUGGAGAUGGAAAAUGCCAAGAGAGGAAUGCCAAGAAAUGGUCUCCAUGGACCCACUGAGUACUUUAGAGAUCAAGGCUAGUCAAAGUCAGGAAAAAAAAGAGAUGUGGAGCACGCCAGUAAAGAGUAUGUCUGCAAAAGCUGCUAGCUGCCGAUCUCUUAGUUAUAUAACACAACCUGACUUAAAAGAAAAAUCCUACUAUUUGCAAUGCAAUAGUACAAGCCAGGAAGAACAAGGGGAGGAUUCAGAUCACCUUGAAUCUGAAUUGAACUUUGACAAGCCGGAUGUGAAAGUCAUUAUGAAUAUGGAUAACGUUUCAGAUUCAGUUGAGAAAGAAGACCUGAAAAUGACGGAUUCAGAUUUUGAAAACUAUGUGAGAGCUCUGAAAUCCUCAUCUGCCAAGAGAGAGCACCCUGAUAGUGAGGUGCUGGUGUUACAUCUGGAAAAGUCUAAGCGACCUCAUUCAGCCAUACCAAUCAUCCAGAUGUCCAAGACAGAUCUGGAGAAAGAAGGGCAGCCAGAUAGAUAUCCUUUGUUAGCGACAAGAAAAAACAUGUUCUCCAAGGUCAUAAGAAAAUCACCUGUGUCUACUCAGUGGAGUAGCAGAAACAGCAGUACUGAUGUUGACUCUGGGCAUUGUUUGUCUGGAGGGGAUGCAUCUUGCAGGGAGGAAAAACAUGAAAGUGCUGCGACUGCAUCUGCUGAUGUAUUCCACAGUAUGCAGAAAAAGGCAGAAGAGAAGAAGCGAGAAGCAGCAAAAGCAGCCUAUAUUAAUGAAAGAUCCAAAUCAAGUAGCAGCUGUCCAAUGGAGCUGAAAAAUCCUAUUCAGGUUGUCAGUAGCAAUAACUGGUUGGCAAACGGCCGUGAUUUAUUUAAGGAAAGAAAACAACAACAGUAUUUGAAGCGUUUCACUGAUUUGCCCAGUUGGAAAGAAAAAAUGAACUCACUACAAAAGCCUGAGAAAUCACUUAAGAUCAAAGGGCAAUGUCCAACGACUGCUUUCAGGAUAACAAGGCCAAAAUCUGAAACCAGCACUUCAAAUAUACAUGAAGAAAAGUAA